CCAAAUUGUAAUCUAUAGAGUACACACAGUGAACUUCUCAAGACUGAUUUAAGUGUGAUGACUGCGCGACGUCGAAGUGUACUUGAGGAGGUGUUGUCUUUCGGCCGAAGGCACCGUGCCUAACGUUUGAUGUACAAAGUUAGUAAAUGUUGAUGUGCAAUUCGUACAUUAAAGUUACCUACCAUGCUAGCAACAUAUCUCUAGCGGACAACAGAUCGACGAACCGGAGCUCCACGUAUGUUGUUGCCUACAGUAUUGUUGUAUACAGUGAGAGUGAAUGUUCUUGUUUUGCACGUCAAAACACUGUGCUAGAUAUACCAAGCCACAAAUUAGGCGUCUCAAGGAACGAAUGUAGUCGGCGGAUACUGAUUAUGGUUCAGCGGAUACGAAGAGUCGGUCUUACUCUCGGUCUUUUCCUUGUCCAGAAGCUGCUGAUUCACUUUCAAGACUUCUUGAUAAAUAGUAGAGCUGGGUUUCACGUUGGAUGCAGAAGUGUAAGGGUAGAGCAGCAAAAAGCUGCAAGAGAUAUCGGUAUUCCCGUAACGGUACAGAAACCUGUACAACAUAUCAUGGCCCAGUCUAGCUUGACCAUGCAUGUAUGAAGCAACUCCAUACGCCCGUCGCAAAAUACCACCAGUCCGAGCGUAGACAGGCUUCAGGGUCUAUGCAUUACAUCGUAAGAGAGAAGUGGGAGAAGCGGAUUAAAA